GCGUCCGUUUCCGGGUCGGGGCGGGUGUAAAUCGCGCCGCCGCCGCCGCCCCCGCCCAGAGCCGCCGCGGCCGCCGCAGCUCGAGCAGCGCCGCCGCUCCCGCCGCUCCCGCCGUUCCCGCCGCCGCCCCCCCCCCACCUUCCCUCCCCUCCUCCCCUCCCUCCUCCUCCUCCUUCUCCUCUUCCUCCUCUUCCUCCUCCCGCUCCUCAGCGCCCCUUCUCCCGCCGCCGUUACCGGCGCUGCUCCAGCUCCGCUCAGCAGUGACCAAAGCCCGGCUCGACAUGGACACCGGCGUCAUCGAGGGCGGCUUGAACGUCACGCUCACCAUCCGGCUGCUCAUGCACGGGAAGGAGGUGGGAAGCAUCAUUGGGAAGAAGGGGGAAUCCGUGAAGAAGAUGCGGGAGGAGAGCGGCGCCCGCAUCAACAUCUCCGAAGGGAAUUGUCCCGAGCGGAUCAUCACCCUCGCUGGCCCCACCAAUGCCAUCUUCAAAGCUUUUGCCAUGAUCAUUGACAAACUGGAAGAGGAUAUCAGCAGCUCCAUGACCAACAGCACGGCCGCCAGCCGGCCCCCGGUCACCCUGCGGCUCGUGGUGCCCGCCAGCCAGUGCGGCUCCCUCAUUGGCAAGGGCGGCUGCAAGAUCAAGGAGAUCCGAGAGAGCACGGGGGCGCAGGUGCAGGUGGCGGGGGACAUGCUGCCCAACUCCACCGAGCGAGCCAUCACCAUCGCUGGGAUCCCACAGUCCAUCAUCGAGUGUGUCAAACAGAUCUGCGUCGUCAUGCUGGAGUCUCCCCCGAAGGGUGUCACCAUCCCGUACCGGCCCAAGCCCUCCAGCUCUCCCGUCAUCUUUGCAGGCGGUCAGGACAGGUACAGCAGCGGCAGUGCGAGCUACCCCCACACCGCCCCAUCCAUGUGCCUCAACUCUGACUUGGAGGGACCACCUCAGGAGGCCACCCGGCAGCCACUGCAUGGCAACGAACUUGGGCCAAUUCCAGCCUGGGCUGCAGUUCUUCCGGCCUAUACCAUUCAAGGACAGUAUGCCAUUCCACAGCCAGAUCUGACCAAGCUGCACCAGUUGGCAAUGCAACAGUCACACUUUCCAAUGUCUCAUGGCAACACUGGAUUCAGUGGCAUUGAAUCCAGCUCUCCAGAGGUGAAAGGCUAUUGGGGUUUGGAUGCCUCCGCUCAAACCACCUCUCACGAACUCACCAUUCCAAAUGAUUUGAUUGGCUGCAUCAUCGGGCGUCAGGGCGCCAAGAUCAACGAGAUCCGUCAGAUGUCGGGGGCGCAGAUCAAAAUUGCCAACCCCGUGGAGGGCUCCACCGACCGGCAGGUCACCAUCACCGGCUCUGCCGCCAGCAUCAGCUUGGCCCAGUAUCUAAUCAAUGUCAGUUUAGAAAGCGCUAAACCCUCCUCCCAGGCAGCCUCCGCCACGGCCCCUGACCACCUCAGCAUCAACCUCUCUCAACCCUCCACCCCUUCUUCUUCUUCUUCUUCUUCUUCCUCCUCCACCACCACCACCACCACCCCCUCGCUCGCCGCAGCGGCGGCCUCCGAAGCACCCGUCAGCCUCCCCAACCCUCUUGCGAGUGCCCCCUGUGUCUCCAGUCUGCUUGGCAUGAAACCCGUCCCUCUCCUGGCUCUCAAUGUUGUGUCUGCUGCUAAAGGCGCCUCCGCUCCGGCCGUGCCGGCUGCCACUAACAAACUGAAAGCGGAAAAACAGAGGUUUGCUCCUUACUGAGCCUGCUGGAGCCUUUAGAGCACCAGCAGCUGGAGAACCCCGGAGAGGAACCCGGGAAAAGCCAUUUCCUUCCGCCUUUUCCCACCACUUUGGGCUCCUUUUUGGCUUUUCCUCCUUUGGCCGCUCCAGAGCGAGGCCGCGCUCAGCCCCGUGCUGAGAGAUGCCGCUCGAGAGAUGAUUUCCCCUCACCUAGGGAGCCAUUCCCUCCUGAUCCUGCUGGCUUGUAGCUUUUCCUUAUGAUUUCCUCUUUGUUUUUCCCAGUUUUUAGUUGCAAUCGUGCUUUGGGGGGGGGGGGGGGUGGAGGGAGGGGGUCGUUGUGGAAUAAACGACUUGGGGGGGGAUUUAAUCCUCUUGGAAUGUCUGUACCCUGUAAUAAAGUUGCCACGGUGAGAAUCUGC